GUUGGAUAGAAAAAAGCAGCGGAAGAUCAAGGAUUGGGCCAAGCAUCACAGGAAGUGUGUCGUGCAGUUCGCUCUUAGUGUGGAGCAAGCAAGGGCUGGAAAACGAGCCCAGCUUCGUGAGCACUGCCCGAUCGCGUUCAACAACUAUCUCACAUGGUUUCUUGCAAGUACCCGCGUGGAGGUAUGCCAGCCGGCGUAUGCUGAGGAGAUUCUGGAAGAACCCACCGUUUUUGAUGAGGUAGCCCAGCACCAGUACAACGCAUUAGUCAGGAAAGGCAACUCAGUGAUCCCUUCAGCUCCAAUGAUGAACUUUGUGCGUGCCCAGAUCAAGAAAGCAGCUGAUGAGACCGAGACUAUUCUGGAAACAACCCCGGCUGGCAAAAGCGAUGGGGAAGGUGCACUUCGAGCAUUCAUUAAGCGCCAGGGCCAAAAGUUAAGGCGGCUAUCAAACCUUUUCGGUUGUCGUGACCCCGAGUAUGUAUCACCAGAACGGUCUAGGUCGGCGACACCAUCAGAUCCCGCUUCGGGGCAGGGCCAUGGUGAACCUUUCGAGGAUGAGGACGUGGGUGUGGUCGCCCAAGAGGUUGCUGAUGAUAUGACCGUGCGGAGGUACCAGGCUCGGUCUGCAUACGAGUUGAAGCCUAGGACGGGAAUCAACAAGUACACACCUGAAGACUUCACCCAAAGAGGCCAAAGAGGCAAAAGGACGGUCGGCACCUCGCGGAUGGCGGCUUUGGAUGACUAUUUGGAUGACUAU